AAUAAAACUCUAGAACCAUUUAACGAAACAAUAAUAAAAAUAGCUCUGAUUAAAUUGGUAAUGCUGGUUCUUUCUUUAGGCGCGCUAAUUAUAAUUAGCGAAUUCCUAAAUCCACCAAUGAAGCAGCCAAUUUAACAGCUACGCAAUUCCGAUUCUCUUUCUCUUUUUUCAAUUACCUGAUUUAUCGCUCUGACGAGCGUAAUAGGUCUACGGAAGAAUCUCUGCUGUUUUAUUUUUCUCCGAUCUCCUCCUCCGUCGGUACAUCAGGUGUCACGCAGAGGUGUAAUAAGCAGUCAAAGUUCACUGCACAUGGAGUUGCUCAACAUUCUGCAGAAACUCCUGUGAAAAUCCUUGCAAACUUAUUAUUGUCAAUUCCUCCAAAGGAUGAGAGAAGGGAGGUGAGUGAUGAAGAUGGCUGCCAUAGAGGAUCAGAUGCAAGGAUCUAGCGGGAGAGAAGAGAAGAUUUUUGUUUCUGUUCGUCUGAGGCCAUUAAGUGUCAGAGAAAGGGUUAGGAACGAUGUGGCUGAUUGGGAGUGUAUUAAUGAUGAAACUGUCAUAUACAGGAGCCAUCUUUCCAUUUCCGAGCGUUCCAUGUACCCCACUGCCUACACAUUUGACAGAGUCUUUGGCCCUGAGUGUUGUACCAAGGACGUAUAUGAUCAAGGGGCGAAGGAAGUGGCUCUCUCUGUUGUUAGCGGGGUUCAUGCUAGUGUCUUUGCAUAUGGACAAACAAGCAGUGGAAAGACGUACACCAUGAGUGGAAUUACUGAUUACGCCUUGGCUGAUAUAUAUGACUACAUUGAGAAGCACAAGGAAAGAGAAUUCGUUCUGAAAUUCUCAGCCAUGGAGAUCUAUAAUGAGUCUGUAAGAGACCUCUUGAGCACAGACAUUAGUCCCCUCAGAAUUCUAGAUGAUCCUGAGAAAGGGACAAUUGUUGAGAAAUUAACUGAAGAAACUCUGCGGGACUGGAAACAUUUUAAGGAACUUUUAUCAAUCUGUAUAGCUCAACGACAAAUUGGAGAAACAGCUUUAAAUGAAGUUAGUUCCCGCUCCCAUCAGAUUCUGAGAUUGACGGUUGAAAGCACAGCACGUGAAUAUUUAGCGAACGAAAAAUUUAGUACACUCACAGCUACAGUGAAUUUUGUUGAUCUUGCGGGAAGCGAGCGUGCGUCUCAAUCAUUAUCAGCUGGCACAAGGUUGAAAGAAGGUGGUCAUAUAAACCGAAGUUUACUAACGCUAGGAACUGUCAUUCGAAAGCUAAGUAAAGAAAAAACUGGGCACAUUCCAUUCAGAGACUCAAAGCUGACACGCAUACUUCAGACGUCGUUGGGAGGAAACGCCAGAACUGCUAUAAUCUGCACCCUGAGUCCUGCAGGAAUCCACGUUGAGCAAUCAAGAAACACAUUGUUAUUCGCAAGCUGCGCAAAGGAGGUGGCGACAAAUGCACAAGUCAAUGUCGUCAUGUCUGAUAAAGUUCUGGUUAAACAUUUACAAAGGGAGUUGGCUAAACUGGAGAGUGAGUUGAAAAUCCCUCGUCAAGCUCUUGUUGUGUCUGAUACAACUGCAUUGCUGAUGGAGAAGGACCUUCAGAUUGAAAAGCUAAACAAAGAGGUGUUCCAGCUAGCACAACUAUUAGAGCGGGCUUAUUCUCGGAUUGAGGAUCUCCAACAAGUUACUGGAGAAACACCAAGAAAGGAGAUAUUAUCAACAGACUCAGACCAUCCAAAUGUGGUUCUUGGACAUCAAUACCCCAAGCUGCGGGUGCGCAGUUCUUGGGAAUCUCUAAAUAUAACACCAGAAAGCCCUGCUCAUCAGUCUAGUAUGAUUUCCCCACAAUCAACCGAGCACGGUUCUCACGAGAAUGUCUUCCAGCUUUCAGACUUUAGGAUAGAAUCUGGUGCUGGUGCAACUAGCCCGGGGAAACACCUCUCGUUUGUAACUCCUGUGAAAUUCACUAAAGUUCGACUUAAUAUUCGUGAGGAAGAAAGUCAAAACGAACCGCACAUUCAGAAGAGGAAAGAUCAGUCUUGUGUCCAGGAGGAGAGACUUCAAGAAAUUGACGAACCAAGUGAGGUGGAUUCUGAAGAUACUUGCACGGAACUUCGAUGCAUAGAAACAGAGUCUCCCGGUAUCAUCAUGUAUCCAGAGCCAUGUAUCCUUCCAGUAUGUAUACCAGAUUCAAAGAACUUAAUACCACCAACGGAAAUUCAAGAAGAAGAAGUAAAGGAAGUCAGUGCUGUCUUUGUCCAACCAAAAGAAAAAAGUGAACCCGCUAAAGUCUCUCCAAGUCGUGUUUUGUCACUAACGAACAAAGCAACUCCUCAAGAGUCUUCUAACCACAUAAGAGACCAUACACAUCCAGAUUCUCUCACUAUGUCUCCUGAAAAGCCUUAUGAUUGGCAUCUUGAGAAGGAUUCGCAAACUGGAAGCCAAAGCUGCGGAACAAGCUUUGUAUCGAGUUCUUCCUCUGCUUUGUUUGAGUACGAGAGAGAUGCUAACACACCGACAAGGUGGUAUCAGAAAGAAAGAGCUGAGAGCAACCUGAAACCGUCCAACAUCAAGAGGCCGCCAUUACCAAAGCAUCUUAGCCAGAUGAGCAUGCCAGCAACUUGGUUUGAGAAAAAGAGAAAGCCAUCACUGAAUAGCUCACAGGUGUCUUCCUCUAGCGCUCCUGUUUUUGAGCGUCAGAGAAGUGGUAGAGGUUCCAUCAGCCAGGAUGAAGGUGAAGAGACUGGUCGUCAAAGAGACAAGCGAAUCAUUCAUUUAUCGAUGGAGGACAUAGAACAGAAGUUCUUGGCGCUGAGAUCACCAAAGAGUUUCAAGGACGCUGCAGUGGACCCCAUACAAGACUAUUUAACAUCGCCACUGAACUGGUCGUUGGAGUUCAACAGACUCGAGAUUGAGAUAAUAGAGCUGUGGCAUGAUUGCAACGUUUCCAUGGCACAUAGAAGUUACUUCUUCCUUCUCUUCAGAGGAGAUCAGAAAGAUUGCUUGUACAUGGAAGUAGAACUCCGUAGGCUCAAGUACAUCAGAGAAACAUUUACCAACAAUACCAAAACUAUCGAAAACGGACGCACUCUUACAUCAAUGUCCAGCUUGAGGGCGUUGAACAGGGAGAGGUACAAGCUGAGUCAGCUGAUGCAGAAGAAACUGAGCAAAGAAGAGAGAGAGAACCUGUUCUUGAGAUGGGGCAUUGGGCUGAACACAAAGCACAGGAGGCUUCAGCUGGCGCAUCGUCUAUGGUCAGAGAACAAAGACAUGGAGCAUGUCCGAGAGAGCGCCUCUGUUGUGGGGAAGCUAAUGGGGUUCGUUGACAUGGAUUUGGCGUCAAAGGAGAUGUAUGGCCUCAACUUCUCUAUUAAACCCCGUCCCAAAAAAUCAAGCCUGUGGAAACGGAGCGUUUUGUCGCUCUCUACAUUGUAAUUAAAGAGAUCCAAUUGAAAGUGGUGUAGCUUCUAAGUGAGAGGUACACUCGCAAAUGUAAAUUUUUGAUUUGGGUCUGAGACUGAGAGUCAGCGAUCUGAAAUGUAACUUCAAAAUGCCAAUUCGCUAAAAAUGUGUUGACAUUUGUCUGUGAUUA